UUCAAUUUUUUUCUUUGCAGAUUUUUUGAUACAUAGAUGCUCUCUGUGAUGUAGAACUCUUCGAGCGUUUGUAAUAGUAGGCAGGGGGUUUCUGGAUUUGGGGAUUGGAGUGAUGAUUCAGUGUUUUCUGGUUCUGAUAUGUUGCAUUUUUAGGACUUAGAAUUAUGAUUGAUGUUCUUUUAUCCUAACAUGCAGUUCAGCUAUUCGGCUCUACUGAGUACUAACAUGUGAAGCUAAUUUGGCUCUGUGCGUUGCAUUUUUAAGACUAGCGUCACUUAUGCAUUGGUCGUAAAUUUGUUGUAAGAUGUAGUUGAGUUUGGAAACAGUAGUGAUGUAGCUGUGAAAUCAGGUAUGAAUUGAACGAGCUCUUUUGCUUCUGUAUAAUUUGUGUGAUCGUUUGGGUAAGGCUUGCUUAUUUUAUAUAUUCGAGGCUUAUGUCUUGGCCAGUAUCCGAUAAAUCUAGGGCAAUUGUUGUUGGGAAUUUGUGUAGUAUGCCUUUUUUCUGCAAUUUGUUGUAUUGGCGUGAACUGCAGUAGUAUGAGGUAUACAACUGCUGCUCUUGUUUAUUCAGGUGAUGAUGUUCUUUGUUAUCAGUUAAAUUCGACUGUGCAACCAGGCCAUCUAGAAUUAUGCGAUCAAAAACUUCGGAUUAUCCCCUUGAUUCGAGUUCAGAAUUUUCCAUCUGACAGUGGCAGGGGCAGUGCAAACCUUCAAGAACUUACUACUGUGGAGAUUACAAAUGGGGACAGACCAUGUAAGAAAUCUUCCUAAGAACAAAGAUGCAGAUAAACUUUCAGUUCCACCGGGAUUCAUGUCUCUAAUCUUUUCGGUUGAAGAAGGUAGAUAAUACCGAAGAAACAUGUAACUCCUUGAACUUCAACAGCAUGGCUAAACGGGAACCAAUCCAGAUGGACACUACAUCCAACAUGGUUGAUGCUGCAUCAUUGAAGCAAUCUCUUAGACGUUGACCAUGGAUCAUCUAUGACCAGAACAAUUACCAUCCAGUGGAAUCUGGCUGCAAACUAGCUGAUAAGGAACCAGGUGGAUGGCAUCCUGAAGAUGUAACAAGUAAUGUCCUUGAAGAAGCUCCUGUUUUCCAUCCAACUGAAGAGGAAUUUAUUGACAGUUUAAAGUACAUCGCAAGUAUAUGUUGCAAAGCAGAACCGUAUGGAAUUUGUCGUAGUGUUCCUUCUCCUUCUUGGAAGCCAACCGUGCCUACUUAAGGAAAUGAACUUAUGGAAACAUUCUACCUUUGAAACCCAAAUUCAGCGAAUUGAUGGGCUUCAAAAUCAGAUUUUAGAAACAGCAAGAUAUUAUGAGAAUAUAAACGGUAGGAGGAGAAAAAUGAUGAGAUCAAAUUCAGAGGAUGUGGUUGGUCCCAAACAUGAUAUAAACCCAGAUGAAGUUGCAUACUUUGGCGUUGGAGGUUUUGAAACUAAACCUGGUCCUAAAUUUACCUUGGAAAGUUUUAAGGAAAAUGCAGAUAAUUUCAAGAGCCAGUUUUUUGGUGGUAAAGCUAAAUUGGUUGUGGGUACAAGUGUCAAUUCAAGUGUGCUUCCACAACAGUGGGAACCAUCAGUGGAGGAUAUUCAGGAUGAAUAUAGGAGGAUUGUGGAGAGUCAUAGUGAAGAUAUUGAGGUACAUUGUGAAUGGAUCAUGUUCAAAAGUUGUUAUGCUUAAUGUUUUCAUAAGAAACUUUUAAUGUUUUGAUGUGCUGUGGUGAGAAUCUGGAUACUAGAGCUUUUGGCAGUGGAUUUCCGACAGUGUCCAAUUCUUUGGAAGUUGCUGAUUAUCCAGAUUAUCUGAAAUCGGAUUGGAACUUGAAUAAUGUUCCCCGGCUUCCUAGGACUCUUCUUUCUUUUGAGAAUUUUGAAACAUCUGCUGUUUCAGUGCCUCGGCUCCUCGUAGAGAUGUGCUUCUCAUCCUUUCGUUGGGUAAGAUUCAAAGAAAGUCGAAGAGCACCACUUCACCACUUGUACUCACUAUGUUACGUGCAUUUGGGUGCUCUUAAAGUGUGGCAUUGUGUCCCUGGGCGGUAUGCUGUUAAGUUUGAGGCUGCUAAGAGAAAGCACCGUCCAGAAUUAUUAGUAGAUCAGGAUAUGUUGCAUCACACUCAAGUCACUAAACUAUGCCCAUCAAUGGUGACAUCGGAAGGUAUUCCAGUCUGUCGUUCCAUUCAGCAUCAUGGGGAAUUUGUUCUGGUCCUCCCAGGAGCAUAUCAUUCUGGUUAUGACUGGCUUUAAUUGCGUUGAGGCGGUGAAUUUUGCUCCUCUUGAUUGGUUACUUCAUGGGCAGAAUGCUAUAGAACUUUAUCAUGAACAAGGAAGAAAGACAUCGAUAUCUCAUGAUAAACUGCUUCUGGGAGCAGCAAAGGAAGUGUUGAAGACAGAAUGGGAAGCCACAUUUUUAAAGAAGAACGCCAUGGGGAAUUUAAAAUGGAAUGAUGCCUGUGGAAAGAAUGGGAUCUUGGCAAAAGCCCUGAAGUGGCGAAUCAAAUUGGAAGCUAAUAGACGGGAGUAUCUCUGUGCCUCUUCCCAGUCACAGAAGAUGGACGAAUUAUUUGAUGCUACCUGCAAAAGAGAGUGCUUCAUAUGUCACUAUGAUUUAUACCUUUCUGCUGCAUGUUGUCGAUGUUCUAGCGACAGAUAUUCAUGCCUGAUUCACGCAAAGCAACUCUGUUCUUGUGGUUGGAGUGAUAAAACUUUUCUAUUCCAUUAUGAAAUCAGUGAGUUAUUUGUUCUUCUUGAAGCUUUGGAGGGAAGGUUAAGUGCAGCCUAUAGAUGGUCUAGAUAUAUUCUUAAUCGGACCUUGUCCUCCCAUCCCUCCAAGGAUGAUUUAUACAGUCCAAACUCAGACUCCGAAGAAAAGGAGUGCAGUUCCCCGGAUGCACCAGAACACAGUGGCUUUCGGAAGAGUACUGCAUCUAGCAUUAGGUCUGAAUUAAAGGCAUAUAUGCUCCAAGCAACAUUAUCAAGGGCACGUAAAGCAAAACAGAAUGCAAUAGAAUCAGAAGUUGUUUCAACUUCAGCAACAGAUGAUACAUCUAUUCUACGAAGAGAAAUGACAUCUAAUGUUUUAUCAAGUACGAAUGCAGAUGAUACGUCUUUUCUUCGAGAAGAGAUGGCCUACGAGCUUUCAUCUGAAAGUUCAGGUGUGUCAAGUUCAUCAGAAUCAAAUCCAUGAGACCUAGGCUACGAACAUGGUGUGAUAAGAUCCUUCAUUGCAAGCUCGUAGUCCAAAUACUUCAGCAUGUAAUUCUGAAAGGAAGUCGCGCCUUCUCAAUGUGUAAAAGGUAUGCCUAGAACCAGAAAGUACUUAUUACUAGCGCUUUUGAUUUCCAGUGCAGCAUUUCUGACCGAUGAAGAUCUGGGAAUGAAGGAAUUGAAAGAAAAAAUAACUUAAUUGAUAAAAAUGUAUUGUUUGAUUGAUGAGUAUAAGGAGUUAUCAUUGGUUAAAAAGAAAUUCUUAUGUACACCAUACAAUUGGGUCAUGGUCUGGUUCUGUUUGAUGUGUGUACGUUUUUCCUCAUCAGAAUGGUCCAUGAGCCAACAUGUACUCUCAGUGUAUACCAUGUAAUUUCAGAAGUUUUGGCUGUUUA